CCUGAUUGUGUUUGUGAACCGUCAACCAGUUGUUUUCUUCGGUUUUGAACUAUAUUUCUCUCGUUUUUAAAGGUGUAUAACGUUUCCAAAUUGACCAGGUAUGGCAGUGUAGACACGAUAUUUUUCUAGAAUAAUACUCAGAGGCAUCGUGAGGAAACCGGAAAACUUGCUAAUGUAAUUAAAGGUGUCAUGAUUGCCACAUCAGUAAGCUCAUUUCUUCACUAUAUUGUACUGGUCCUUCUCGGUACUCUGCCAAUUCUAACUUCUGCGGAUUGCGGUUGCAACAAACUCAAGCGGACCAGCCAUGACGAAACUGCACCAACUGAUCGGGUUAUUUUCCUCGGUCAUGAAAAACGCCAACGUUUCCCCGGUCAUGAUGACAGUUUAUCUACUACGCGGCAAACAAUGAGCUUGAUUCCCGGUGGAAAAUAUUACGUUGGAACAAACGAACCGUUUUUUCCCUCCGACCGAGAGGGUCCCGAACGGGAGGAAACGAUAACAGAUUUCUAUAUGGAUCAGUACGAAGUAUCCAAUGGACUGUUCAAAGAGUUCGUCGAUGAAACAAACUACGUAACCGAAGCCGAGCGAUUCGGGGAUAGUUUUGUCUUUCAGGGUUUUUUAGAUGCUGAUACCAGACGUGAAUAUCAUGACUAUCGUGUUGCUGCUGCUCCGUGGUGGUACAAGGUUAAGGGUGCAAACUGGCGUUUCCCCGAAGGAGAUAUGCAGAAAGGCAUCGGGAAUCGUCUCAAUCACCCGGUGGUUCACGUGUCCUGGAACGAUGCAGUAGCCUUCUGCAAAUGGCAAGGAAAGCGCCUUCCAACAGAAACCGAAUGGGAAGUCUCCUGUCGCGGAGGACGGAAGCGUAAACUGUUUCCUUGGGGUAACAAACUGCUACCCAAAGGUGAAUAUUACAUGAACAUUUGGCAGGGCGAAUUCCCUGAGCGUAAUUUGGCUGAUGAUGGUUACGACGGCACGUGCCCUAUCGAUCAGUACCCCCAGAACGUGUUCAAUUUGUACAACAUCGUAGGCAACGUUUGGGAGUGGACAGCAGAUCUGUGGGAUGAACGGGAUAACACGAAACCUCCCAAUCGGGUGAAAAAAGGAGGCUCAUAUCUGUGCCAUGAAUCGUACUGUUACCGAUACCGCUGCGCGGCAAGAUCGCAAAACACGGAGGACAGCUCGGCGGGAAAUUUGGGCUUCCGCUGCGCUGCGGAUGCAGAGUGACUGCUUAUCGGAGUAUUUCCUAUUUAUAACCAGUUUAGGUAGAGAAUAUUGUUAAACAUUGAUUUUAUAUAGAUUGUUUUCAAUAAACCUAAUAAAGUCUGUUGUUCUGGCAGAAUAUAAAAAAAUAACAUUACGGUACUUAAAUUUUGUUUCUCCAUUUUUUUUUAUAAAAAAAUCGAAGCGAAAGACCAACUAUUGUUAAAAGUUCGUUA